AUGUAUCGCCCACUCGAUACAGUGAACAGAGAGAUUCGUCUAGUGGAGCUGGAGCCUUCUGAAAAUGAUGAUGAGGUUAUCAGCUUUGUGCUCCGUUACACACCUCUCGCAGACACGAAAGGCCGACUCAAAUUCAGCGCCCUUUCGUACUGCUGGGGGUUUGCCGAGGAACCUCACCCCGUCAUGAUCCGCGACGAAAAAGACAGAAAGAACAUACUGGCAUCCGUCAGCAUGUCGGUAAACCGAAACCUAUAUUCGGCUUUGCGGAGACUUCGACGCCGCCAAGAACCGCAGACUCUGUGGAUUGACUUGGUUUGUAUCAAGCAGAGCGACUUGAAAGAACGCGCCCAGCAGGUAGAGCUGAUGGGAGAGAUUUACUCGUCCGCUCACACUGUUUACGUUUGGCUGGGUGAAGGAGACCCAGGGAGUUAUGAGGACUCCCUCCUCGGCGGCCUGGACAUGGAGGCCACCGACCCACGCGACAAGAUCUUUGCUCUUUUGUCUUUUGGAGAGGAGACACACAAUAUCUCGCAACUGCCCCCACAGGCUCGCCCCAGUUACGAGAAAAACACGAUAGAGGUGUUUUCGGAUUUUACAAAAUGGUGGAUUUCGUGUCACGAUACACUCAACAUCUUAUCAGCUGUUCAUGCACAACCUUGGCGCACGUGGAUGGAUCUGUCACCCUUAGGGGCUGCUCCACACGAAUUCGACCAUGCUCAGAGACCUUCAUGGUCCUUCUGGUACGAAGGACGCAGCGAAUGGAGUUUGGGAACCUUCGGCUUGUUCAACAACCGUGGACUUGAUCUCUGCGCCUCGGCCAAGACCAUGAUCGACGUAGAUCUUUUAUCAAGGCCAAACACAGGCAUUCUAGCAUUGAAAGGCUUCCGCGUCGAUCUUAUCAAGAGCAGGGAAUUUUAUCACUACUCAAAGGAAAACCCUUACGCGAAUUCGGCGACGAUGCUAGCGGCUUAUGAGGCCAUCUUUGACCCUACGAGCGUCUUGGACAUGUGGGAUAUGACCAAGUUGAACUGGCAACAGUCUCUGUCGGCCAAGCUGAAGAGUGAUAAUAACGACAGCAAUAACAUCCCUUCCGAAAUUGCGAUUAUGGAGGAGGACAGCAAGCUCUUCUCACAUUUCCAAUCUCAUGGGUUUCGUGGGUGCGAGGACCUUGAUGAGUUCCAGGAGGAUGAUCCACCCCUCAGAUUCUUCCCAUGCCACGGCAAAUGUUUGUUUACGACCGAAGGAGACAAGGUCGGACUGUGUCCCGCGGGUGCUAAGGAAGGUGAUAUCAUCGUCAUCCUGUAUGGUGGAAACGUACCGUAUUUGCUGAGGCCAGCAAACAACGACACAGCUGAAGACAGGUUCUAUCUGGUGGGAGAGUGUUAUCUCGAUGGCUUCAUGCAUGGGGAGGCGAUGGAGCUACUUCUGGACGAUGGUUCAGGUGUGAAGGAAGAGGUAUUCUCCCUGGUUUGA